UUCUUGCUCAUCAACCAAACAGCUUUUGAAAGCUGAACUUCUUAGGGCUUGUGUUAUCACAAAGCUCUGCAUGGUGUUCUGAGGAGUCUAGAAUGAUAAGCAUUUUUUUGCUGACAUUUUCAUCCAAAGCGACUUGCAGUAUACUUAUUGCACUGACAACCCCCCUGAAGAAAACCCUGAAGUCUCUUGAGCUUAAGUGCUUUACAGACACAGAAUGGUUAGAGUUCAUGGAGCAACUCUUGGAGGGUUUGAACCCACAAUCUUUUUGUUUAUAUGACUAGACCACUAACAUCAUCGGAUAUUUGUUAGAAUUGGCCACUUCUAGACUGUAGACUCCCCCUCAACCCCCCCCUCUCCAAAACCCCACCAAAGAUGUGCCAGACCAACAUCACCAAAAUAAUACAUUUAGCAUUUUUUACAGAAACUAUAAUGUUGGAGCCUUGUUAAACCCUAGAUUUCUGCAGGAGACGAUCAAAUAACAAUGCCUAAAUAAAACAAAAAAUGCUCCAUCCAACAAUAUGAUGAAAAUAUGUAAUAGGCUAUAAUAUUACAUACAGUAUUUUCAUCGUGUUAUCUCAUUACUUCUGUAACAAGGAACAAACAAAAACGAUAAAGACAACAUCAUGUGACAGUGAUCUACCUCUAGAGAAAGAAAAAGAUAACCAACAUUUAAAACAACAAGUGCACAGAUCGUUUGAGGUUCCUCAGAAAAAGACAAAGCAAGUAUCUAAAACGUGUGUAGGUGGAGCAAGUACCAUCCUCUUCCCUUUGAUGUGAAAGUUACGCAUUUAACCUACUAGAGUGCGCAAUUCUCACACUUCCCCGCACGAACGGCGGAACUGUCACUUCCAUCAAGCUAAGGAGUGCGCAGCCACAUCAACGCACAAAACCAACCCACAACCAAACCACAGUGAUUUUUCCUCUUCUUUAUUUAAGUCCUCCGUUCUUGUAUAUUGACUUCUUGCCUUAUUUUUUUCCUUUUGGAGAGCUGGAAGACACCCCAGAUCUGCGAUGUGCUUUCGGUUCAGCAUGCGUUUGGCGCACGGAGAGGACUCUUGGCGAGCUUUCAGGAUAUUGGCGCGGGGAUGAUGUUCAACUCGUCGGGUCCAUUAGAUAUUUUCUCGUUCACCCACCCAGAGGUCGUUUCGGAAGUUCUCAAUGGUUCUUCACAACUGUUCUUUAACGCCUCAAUGGCCAUGUGGAACACAUCCUGCGGGGAGCAGUUACUCGACUAUACCGCGACGGAGAAGAUCGUCAUCGGAUUAAUGUUGGCUAUCAUCACCACCGUUACGGUGAUUGGAAAUACGCUCGUGGUGAUCGCGGUGUGCGUCGUUAAGAAGCUCAGACAGCCGUCCAACUAUCUGCUGGUGUCUCUCGCCGUGGCGGAUCUCUCCGUGGCGAUCGUGGUGAUGCCUUUCGUGAUCGUGACGGACCUAACGGGUGGAAAGUGGCUUUUCGGAGAGGUCUUCUGUAACAUAUUCAUCGGGAUGGAUGUGAUGUGCUGCACGGCGUCCAUCAUGACGCUGUGCGUGAUCAGCGUGGACAGUGCUGCUUCAGUUGUUGCCCAGAACUGCUGUAUCCAUCCAAUCAAAUUACAGGACAACCAAUGAAGAAGAACUGUCAAA